AUGUUAACAGUGGAGGAAGGUCAUAGAGGUACUUUCAGCUACAUCAAUGGAACAAAAUUCUUCUUUCUCAUUUUUGAGAAAGAGAUCUUUGGUGGUGGUGGUAGCACCACAUACAGUGGCACACAAGGCGACACAAGCAGCUUUUUUUGUGUUAAGAAAAAGGUACAGAAUGGAUGUCCGCGGGAGGAGGAAGCCAAGGCGUUAAGUUUGACUUUGGAUUUCAGGAAAAAAGGGCUUGAAGGAAAAGCUACUUCCUAUGGGUUUUAUUCAAGUGAAAGGUUACAAGAGCUUGCAAAACCAAAGCCAACAAAAGAUGUAUGGAAUUUUCAUCGCAAGUUAGUCUGGGGAAAUCAAGAGACCUUAUGGCCCCUUUCCUCAAGGUCUUCGUUGAGACGGCCAAACCCAAGAAUUCUGGCUCUAGCAGCACCCAAGGAGAGAGUUGAUAACCAGCAGAGGUCCCUCUUCUUGUACAGCUGUGGUCAAAUGUCUGAGAUUUGGCAACGUUCUUCAGCAGUAUAUUCUGUAAUGCCAACAAAGCGAUUGCUGAAGCUAGCAGAACCUAGGCCAAUUUCAACAACGUAUCUGAAACAAAGGCCACGAAUUUCCCCUAUGUGGCCUGUCAGCUCCUCGGCACUUCGUUGUACAGCUUCCGAACGGAUUUUGACGCUUGCUCAAGCAAGAAGUAUACAUCCACAGUUUAGCUUUCCAGAAAAGCCUGAAAGAGAGAUUUCAAGGGCUGCAAGAAGAGCUGAGGCCAGCCCAAGGCUACAGCAGAUUUCCCAGCCAGCAGUUAAGAAACAAAUGCAGUUCUAUGAAAACAUAUACAAGGAGGUCCCAAUCCGCCAAGUACCCCUGACUGCCCUGCAAGUAGUCGCAAGUCCAAGGCUACUUGAGCUGGCUAAACCAAAAGUAUUCCCUUCUGAAAAUAUUGACCGUUCCCCUGAGUGGCCUGUGUCAUUGGCAGCCAAGCAAGCGGUAGCUUCCCCUCGACUCAAUGAACUCGCUCAGCCUCCCAGCAGGGCCCCAACCAACCUUGUGCAGUUUAAUCCAGAUGCCUUUAUUGUAAAGGAGUCUGCUAAGAAAGCAUUCUGUACAGAAAGAACCAAGCGCUUAGCACAACCAAUUACUCGUUGAUCACAUUGAUCACCCACAUCUAACUUUCUGUGGCAUUUUCAAUAAAUUAAGAGA